UGAAAGUUUGCCUGAGUGACAGAGGAGCUGCAGUUGAAACAAGCUACACUGUGUCUCUCCACUGAAUCCAUCAGAGUCCGCCGUCCAUUUCCCCAACAACAAAACAGCAGAAUCUCUGCCCAGCACUGAGUGUCGACAUGUCUGCUGCCAGCUGUCUGCUGACUGAGGAUCAGUUUCUGUGCUCCAUCUGUCUGGAUGUGUUCACUGAUCCAGUCACCAUACCGUGUGGACACAACUUCUGUAAAACCUGCAUCACUCAGCACUGGGAUAAAAAUGUCACGUGUCAGUGUCCAAACUGUAAAAAGAUUUUCAAUGCGAGACCUGAGCUGCAGGUCAAUACUUUCAUCUCUGAGAUGGCUGCGCAGUUCAGACAGUCAGCUCAGCAGAAAGCCAGCAGCAGCAGCAGCAGCAGCAGCUCAGAGCAUCGGGUUUCCAAACCAGGAGAAGUUCCCUGUGACGUCUGCACUGGAACCAAAUUGAAGGCCCUGAAGUCCUGCCUGGUGUGUCUGGUCUCCUACUGCGAGACUCACCUGGAGCCUCAUCUAACAAUGGCAGGGCUUAAGAGACAUCAGCUGAUCGACCCUGUGGAGAACUUGGAAGGCAGGAUGUGUGCGAAGCACGAUAAACCUCUGGAGCUGUUCUGUCAGACUGACCAGGUGUGUGUCUGCGUGCUCUGCACCUAUGCAGACCACAAGACACACGACGUUGUUCCUCUGAAGGAGGAAUACGAAGGUAAGAAGGCCGAGCUGGGGAAGACAGACGCUGAAAUUCAGCAGAUGAUCCAGGAGAGACGACUGAAGAUUCAGGAGAUGAAGCGCUCAGUGGAGCUCGGUAUGAAAGACGCAGACAGAGAGAUAGCAGCUGGUGUUCAGGUCUUCACCGCUCUGAAGGAGUCUGUUGAGAGAAGCCAGGCCGAGCUCAUGGACACCAUCAAAGAGAAGCAGAGAAAGACAGAGAAACAAGCUGAAGGCUUCAUCAAAGAGCUGGAACAGGAAAUCUCUGAGCUGAAGAAGAGAAGCUCUGAGGUGGAGCAGCUCUCACAGUCUGAAGACCACCUCCACCUCCUCCAAAGCUUCCCAUCACUGAACACUGCUCCACCCACCAAGGACUGGACAGGAGUCAGCGUCCGUCCACCUUCAUAUGAUGGGACUGUGGUGAGAGCUGUGGCUCAGCUGGAGGAGACGCUCAGUAAACAGAUGAAGAAGCUGUUUGAGGCCGAGCUGAAGAGGGUCCAGCAGUACGCAGUGGAUCUGGCACUUGAUCCUAAUAAAGUGCGUCCCAGGCCUAGUCAGUCUAAUCAGGGCAUGGACUGCAGAUGUGUCUCAUCUACAAAGGGUUUCACUUCUGAAAGAUUCUACUUUGAGUGUCAGGUUAAAUCAUGGUCAGUGUGGACUUUAGGUGUGGCCCAGAAGUUGUCCUUUUGGAAGACAAAAGGCAAGCUGAGCCCCAGGAAUGGUUACUGGACUGUAUGUCGUAUGAGUCAAGGCGGGUACUUUGCCCCUGCUGACCCUCCAGUCUGUCUCCCAUUGAGGUCGAAGCCUGAGAAGGUGGGGGUGUUUGUGGAUUAUGAUGAAGGUCUGGUCUGCUUUUUUGACACUGAUGCUGCAACUCUUAUUUACUCCUUCACUGGCUGCGACUUCACCGCGACACUCUACCCAUUCUUCAGUCCUUGUCCAAAUGAUGAUUUUACAACUCACAUCGCAAAACUAAGGUGUCAUAUAAUGUGAUUUAGAACAAAGCAACUCAUUUCCUGAUCCUCCACUGGCUUCUGACUUCACAGAGUCUCUGGCUCUAACCCUUAAAGAGGCAAUUUGUAAGAUAUGGCCAGAAGUGUUUUCGACAGAACAUUGAAGAGAACAAAGCAAAAUUAUGAACAGAGUGGAGCGGGAUGAUGUUCCGUAACUCAUCAUUAAUCACAUUUCAAUCAAACUCGACAUUAACUAAACAAAAAAAAACAAAAAAAAAAACAGGUGCAAUAACCAAAGUCAGAUCCAGUGAACUUUGUUACACAGUAUACAGUAAAGAGUAAAGGGGAGUAAAGAAGAGCCCCUACUCUUAGUGACAAACUUGUGAGAGUCAUUUUCUGCAACAGACUGUAAAGUGUAUAGAGACAGAUGGAGACAGAUUAUGAAGGCUCUUACCAAGAGAACCAUUUUGGAUAUACAUUAUACAGUGAAAGAUACCCAAUACCAAGGUUUGAACAGGAAAUAAGACUUCUUUUUUCUGACAGUUUUGUCUGCUAGACUGCUACAUCUGAUGCCUUUAAACGUCUAAUAAUGUUAAUUCAGGCAUUUGAGAAAUUACUAAUUAAUGUCUUUCUGAGUGAUUUGAAAUAUCUGUUUGUGUAUUUUGUGUAUAUAUUAUAAUUCUGCUUAUGUUUGUGAUUUUCCCUGCAGAACCUGCUAUUCUAAUAAUGUGACUGCCUACCUGCAUAUAGUCUAUCUUGUGACGGUAGAUCAAUCAUGUUCUAUUUGCCUGUCCACACUGAUCACUGACUAUCUGAAAAUGUCAGAGGUGAUGAAGGCCGAAAUGCAUGUCUUUACUGUUGUUAUGAUUCAAAAACCAAGAUAAAUUAAAGGCUUUCAACUCAA